UUCGGGACGUGUUCAUCUCAUCUGUGAGAUUCUUAGUCAUGUUGUGUUGUUCUGUGUGUUUUUUCUCUCUUUGGUGUUUUAAUGAUCGUAAUAGAAGAUUAUUAUCGUCGUUUGUGACGUUAUGAUGCUUUAAAAUAUUCAAUUUCAGGAGAAACAAAACAGACUUAGGAGAAUUUGUUUUCUGAAAUAGUUUUACUUUAUCUCGCUAUAAAUUUACCAUGAUUUUACUACAGUUACCAUAUUUAUCUAUGAUAUUCUUAUUGAAACUAUAGUACUACAGGAAAACGAAUACUGUGGUUUAAAAAAAAAAAAACAUAAUAUAGUGAUUAUUAUGAUUUUACUACAAUAACUGUAGUUUAACUGUGAUUUCUGAGGUAAUUUAACGAUUGUAUUUGUAAUAAAACCAAAGUAAUCACAAGAUUAACCAUGAAUAAUCUUUAUUAAAACAUUGUGUUGUCCCAAAAAAAAAAACAAAAACAAACAUGUCCCACCUCAGUCAUGUUUACUACAAUAUUACUAUAGUAAAACCAUGUUUCAGACCAAAAAAUAAAAACAUUAAACUGUCAUGGUAACUACUAUAGUAAAGCCAUGAUUUUUCUAUUGUAUGUUUUUUUGGCUUCAGUGUGUUUGUAUUUUACUAUAGAUUUAUCUUAUCUAGGUUAAUCUUGUGAUUACAAGGGGUUACUUGUGGUAGUAAAAUCAUGGUACAUUUAACACAAAACUUGAUCAAUGUCAGGCCAGAGAGAGGGUGAAAAAUGUUUUAAUGCAGAAAACGUUACUAACUUUAUCAGUGGAGCUGAUGGAAGAUUAUAAAACUAUAUAGAAAAAGAGCAUUUCACACUUGAACAUAAUUUAAAAAUGUUCUAAUGUACUAAAAUAUAGAGUUUAUCAAUAAUCUAGUUUCCAUCCACUUCUCGCACUGUUUUGUUAUUGAUAAAGUGAAAAUGCGUAAAGACAUUUUUGCAAAAUUUGUCGUCUUCUGCCUGUUUCCAUUCAAAUGGGUUUUUAUCGAUAAAAAUGGUGUGCAGAUAAGUUUUGUUUUAUCGCAAAAGAAAUCUGCCCUUAAGCCGUUUCCAUACAGAAAUGAGUGCAUAUCACUAAUUGUGUACCUUUGGCCUCACAGAUGUCCCUAAUUUUUUCCCCUGAAGUUGAAAAUCAAUUAUCAUGACCCUGUUCAAGCUGGCAACCUGCACCAUGUAGUGGGUGAAACUUUCGGUCUUACUAUAAGGACCAUCCAUCGAUGUGUAUAUGCAGUGUGCAAAGCUAUUAAAGAAAAACUGAUGUGGUGUAAUAUCAGGGUUUACAUAUAUGAUACAUCCCUGAUAUUCAAUAUUUUAAACAAUCAUUUAAUCUAAAGCAUUGACAUCACAACUGCAUUAUGUCCCACAUAUUUCUCCAGCAACUUUUAACAACCAAAUUGAUUAUCAUCUAAAAUUAAUUUUAGCAUCAUAAUACAAUUUACAUUUUCUGAAGAAACACAGCAAACGCGAUACGAGGCAAAGAGGGUUAGAUUUAAAAUAUUUUUAUAAAGUUUUCAAAUGUUCAAAAACUUGUUUUCUGAAAGUGAACUCAGCAUUGGACAAAUUGUUCUGAUAGUUUAUAGUCUUGAAAAAAGUGAAGAACAUUCUGAGAGUCAUUCAGCCGACUUUUGUCAUCUACAGAACUGGUUUCAGGAGAAACAAGCAGAAAUCUGAGAAUAUCAUGUUUCAUUUCUGAUAAAUGAGCUCGUUAAAUUCAUCAGCUGAUUUAAUUGAGUUAAAUGAAGAUGUUCAUCAUGAGAGCAGGUGGAUGUGAUCUACAGUAAAUCAGUAGGAACUGAUCUGUCCAUGCUGGAUUUUGAUGAUUUCAUCACAGAAAUCUCUCAGCUGAAGAAAGAGGUGACGUCACUGAAGACAAAACUGAUGGAGAGAGACGACAGGUUACAGGAGUUGGAAAAGUUUUCCUGUCAAUCUUCAGUGUUUGUGACUGAUGGGACCUCCACAGAAUGUCAGGAUUCAGUGUGGAGCGGCAGAGAUCAGUCCACACCACAGCGACUGCUGGACAAACUCUCUGAACAGAGAUCCAGAGACACACAGGACUCACAGCUCACUUUACUCUGUUCUACUGACGGUAAUCAGGGUGAUCAAACCCCCAGAGAGUCUCUGACUUCUGUCUGUAACGCUGGAGAACAGCAGAUGCUGCAGACACCAGUGAAGAUGUGUUCAGUCAAGCUGCUGGACUGCAGGAACCUGAUGAAGAUGAGAGGAGAAAUCAAAGUAGAGGAACAACAGAGUAAUGAAGAUGAUGAUGAUCAAACCCCCACAGAGUCUCUGAUUUCUGUCUGUAACGCUGGAGAACAGCAGAUGCUGCAGACACCAGUGAAGAUGUGUUCAGUCAAGCUGCUGGACUGCAGGAACCUGAUGAAGAUGAGAGGAGAAAUCAAAGUAGAGGAACAACAGAGUAAUGAAGAUGAUGAUGAUCAAACCUCCACAGAGUCUCUGACUUCUGUCUGUAAUGCUGGAGAACAGCAGAUGCUGCAGAUACCAGUGAAGAUCGAAGUGAAACAGGAGGAGAUAAAAGUAGAGGAACAACAGAGUAAUGAAGAUGAUGGUGAUGAUCAAACCUCCACAGAGUCUCUGACUUCUUUCUGUAAUGCUGGAGAACAGCAGAUGCUGAUGACACCAGUGAAGAUCGAAGUGAAGCAGGAGGAGAUAAAAGAAGAAAACACAUCAGAGGAACAACAGGGAGAUGAAGAUGAUUAUGUUUCUUCAGAGCUUAUGGAAGCAAAAGAGAAAUGUCAAGAACUCAAUAAAGUGGAGGACAAACUUCAGUGUCAAAAACAUCAUGAUUUUAUAACUGGAGAAAAAUCUUUGAGUUGCUCAAAGACUAAGAAGAAUUUAUCACCAGAAAAGAAUAAAAGAAGAGCAGCCAAAAAUACAUUCAACUGCUCACAGUGUGGAAAGAUUUUCACAAAUAAAAUCUGGUUUAAUAAACACAUGAAAAUUCAUAUUGGAGAGAAACCUUACACGUGCCAUCAGUGUGGGAAAUGUUUUGCAUAUACAAUUUGCCUCAAAGGUCAUCUCCGUUGUCAUUCUGGAUUCAGACCAUUUAAAUGUGAAAAGUAUGGUAAAACAUUUGUUUUGAAUUCAAGCCUAAGAAAACAUCUGAAAACUCACACAGAUGAGAAGCCUUACGAGUGUUCUUUUUGUGGAAACCGUUUUGCACGCCUGUCCUCUUUGAAAAAGCACCAGAAAAUGCAUACCGGUGUGGGGGCUCAUAUGUUCUUUAAAUGUGGGAAGACCUUUAUUACAACCGGCAGCAUGAAACAGCACCAAAGAAUUCAUGCUGGAGAAAAAACAUACAAGUGCUCACACUGUGAAAAGAGUUUCAAUCUGUCAGAAAACCUGAAAAAACACGAGAGAAUUCAUACUGGAGAAAAACCUUACAAGUGCUCACACUGUAAAAAGAGUUUCACUCAGUCACAAAACCUGAAAACACAUGAGAGAGUUCAUACUGGAGAAAAACCUUACAAGUGCUCACACUGUAAAAAGAGUUUCACUCAGUCACAAAACCUGAAAACACACGAGAGAAUUCAUACUGGAGAAAAACCUUACAAGUGCUCACACUGUGCAAAGAGUUUUACUCAGUCACAUCACCUGAAUAUGCACAAGAGAAUUCAUACAGGAGAAAAACCUUACAAGUGCUCACACUGUGAACAGAGUUUCACUUGGUCACAUUACCUGAAAACACACGAGAGAAUCCAUACUGGAGAAAAACCUUACAAGUGCUCACACUGUGAAAAGAGAUUCACUCAGUCACAAGACCUGAAAACACAUGAGAGAAUUCAUACUGGAGAAAAACCUUACAAGUGCUCAUACUGUGAAAAGAGUUUCACCGAGUCACAUAUCCGGAAAACACAUGAGAGGAUUCAUACUGGAGAGAAACCUUACAAGUGCUCACACUGUGAAAAAAGUUUCACCGAGUCACAUAUCCGGAAAACACAUGAGAGGAUUCAUACUGGAGAGAAACCUUACAAGUGCUCACACUGUGAAAAAAGUUUCACUCAGUCACAUCACCUGAAAACACACAAGAGAAUUCAUACUGGAGAAAAACCUUACAAGUGCUCACACUGUGGAAAGAGUUUCACUCAGUCAAAAGACCUGAAAGCACAUGAGAGAAUUCAUACUGGAGAAAAACCUUACAAGUGCUCACACUGUGAAAAGAGUUUCACUCAGUCAAAUCACCUGAAAACACAUGAGAGAAUUCAUAAUGGAGAAAAACUUUACAAUUGCUCACACUGUGAAAAGAGUUUCAACGAUUCACAUAUCCGGAAAACACAUGAGAGGAUUCAUACCGGAGAAAAACCUUACAAGUGCUCACACUGUGAAAAGAGUUUCACUCAGUCACAUCACCUGAAAACACACAAGAGAAUUCAUACUGGAGAAAAACCUUACAAGUGCUCACACUGUGAAAAGAGCUUCACUCAGUCACAUCACCUGAAAACACAUGAGAGAAUUCAUACUGGAUAAAAACCUUUCAAUUGCUCACGCUGUGAAAAGAGUUUCACUGUGCCACAAAACCUGAAAACACAUGAGAAAAUCCAUACUAGAGAGAAAUCGUACAACUGCUCUACAUGUGGGAAAAGUUUCAGGGCAGCAAGUAAUCUGCAUAGACAUGUAAAAAAGAAUUGUCCAAGUAGACACACUGAGCAAAAAUCAUCUUAAUGUCCAACAAGAUUAAGUAAAUAGUUGAAAAGGUGAAUCCAAAGAUUUCUCAUGCCUGUAAAGACUGACUCUAGUGCAAGCAAAUAGGAUUUGAGUCCUGGAGCAAUUAUUGGUUUCACUGGCUGAAGGAAUACCCCACUGAAUAACUUGUGUCAGUUGUUUGAGUCUUCUUUGUAUGUAUUCUUUGUAUUGAACCAAGUGGUCAGUGUGUGACGUUUUGAUCUUCUAUUGGUCAUGUGUCCUCUUGUCAUGCAGAUACGCAUUUCAGAGUUCACUAAAGUUUUCAAAUGGUUGGAUAUAUUUUCUGGUUUUGUUUUUGAAGUUGAUAUUGCUUUUCAAGCUUUUAUGAAUUUAACAUUACUCAUGUGUUUACUGCUUCUGAUGUAUCUACAUUUUCCAGGGAAAAUUCCUGUAACAUGUUUACUGACAUGCAUGACUUCUGACAACUGAAUAACAUUGCUGUUGUUUUGAGGUUCCCUAAGUGUUUGUGUGCGCCACAGUUAAAAAUAGUCUAUACAAAAUUGUAUUUAUACACAUUGUAGGAGCCAUAUUUCUGAUUAGUAUUAUUUAAAUGUAUUACUAUAAUUCUUUGUGUUCUUUAGACAUUUAAUGUUGUUUAUUUCUUUAUUCUAUACAACUGUAUAUAGUUCAUUUGCUAUUGGAUAAUGUCUUUUGGUUAUUCUGCGCAUGUUCAUGAGGGAGGGGGUAGUAAGUGAAGAACUAAGUGCUGAUGGACAGAGUGAAGAGACGAAGUAUGGAAAUAUACAAGCAUUUGACCGUAAUCCUGAACAAAGUAAAAAGUGAUGAAUAAGUUGUUGAAAAACGAAGUGACUACUGUAAAGAUGGAAGAAAUGUGAAUCUGUAUUAAACAAGUAAUAAA